GAGCAGUGGAUGAGAGCAGCUCGUUGCGACUGGUUGUGCGACAGGUGUCGGAAUAAAUAAAAGCAAAAACAUUCGACGGCUUUUGUUUGCGCUGAUAAACAACCUGCGCAUAUGUACAAGCAAAGCAAAAUACUGCUCGAAUAAUUGUUUGUUCAAAACAAUCAGGUGUGCCUUUUAUAAAACUAAAAGUUUCUAAUUUCUAAACGAGUAGGUGUGCGCGCUUCUAAUAAAAAAUUUCGGUAUUAAAAAUUAAGUUGUUUUAAAAUUAAAUGCUCUUCAGCUUUUUAAGAUGCAGCAGAACUAUUGUGCUAAAGAAAAUAAACAAGCACAAAUCACAAAUUACGGUAAAUGCAAAAAUAUAAACAAAAACGUGCCUGAAAGAUACGGGGUUACUGCGAUCGUGGUUUAAAUAAAAUCAAAAGAUACAAAACCAUAGCGAUACAAUACAGAUGCAGAUACAUGUGCGUCUGUGGAGUUUGGAAAAUCAAAAAUUAUACCAAAAAUAAACCAUAAUUGAUAUAAAAAAAGCUUAUCAUCAUUUUUCUAUAUUUAUUGCCUCUGACAAUUGUCGAUAACAAUUAAGAAUAUAAAUAUCUCACUUCUUCUGUGGCAAAUUAAGAUAUUUCAUAACUGUAACUCAAUUAUAAGUAAUCAAAUGAGAUCUUUAGAAACCGGUACUUGGGUUAAUUUACACAGUUUCUAGCUGUACAGGGUCUCUAGGCGUUCGCAUAUCAGGUUGCUUAUCAGUUCGCGUCCGACGCUCGACGACUUCGCUUCGCUUUUGGUCUGGGAUUGGGUUUGGGUUUUCGCAUCGAGCCAAUAACAUUUAUUUGACCGCCAAGGUGAUUAGAGGCGUCUGUGACGGAGACGGCGACUUGGAAAUGUCAUCCGGACCGUUUUUUGUGGGCGUGGACGUGGGCACGGGCAGUGCGAGGGCGGCCCUGGUCGCCUGCGAUGGGCGUGUCCUGGAGCAGGCGGUGCAGACGAUCCAAACGUGGAAUCCUGAGCCGGGCUACUACAACCAGUCAUCCGAUAAUAUAUGGCAGUCCAUCUGCCAGGUGGUGAAGAAAGUCAUUGGCGGCGUCGAUAAGUCAAAAGUCAAGGGCAUUGGCUUCGAUGCCACCUGCUCCUUGGUGGUUCUGGGCCCCCAGGGAUCGCCGCUGACGGUGAGCAAGUCCGGUGAGGCGGAGCAGAACAUAAUCCUCUGGAUGGACCAUCGUGCCGAGCAGGAAACCCAAGAGAUCAAUGCCUUCAAGCACUCGCUGCUGAAAUAUGUGGGUGGUCAGGUUUCGCUGGAAAUGGAGGUUCCCAAAUUGCUGUGGCUGAAGAGGAAUCUGUCACAGACUUUUGGAAAUAUUUGGAGGGUCUUUGACCUGCCCGACUUUCUGACCUGGCGAGCCACUGGAGUGGACACCCGAUCACUUUGCUCGGUGGUGUGCAAGUGGAACUACGAUGCAGCGAAUGGCAGUUGGAACAAGGAGUUCCUGAAGCAGGCGGACUUGGAGGAGUUGACACAGAAUAACUUCGAGAAAUUGGGCAGUGAUGUCCAGCCGCCUGGCCGAACGGUGGGCAAAGGACUCACGGCCAAGGCUGCUGGGGAACUGGGCUUAUCCGCCGGCACUGUGGUGAGCACCUCCCUAAUCGAUGCCCAUGCUGGCGCCUUGGGAAUGUUUGGAUGCCGCUCAAAGGAGUCCAAGGGUGCCGACGAUGUCCAGGGUAAAAUGGCUCUGAUUGCCGGUACAUCCACCUGCCACAUGAGCAUCACCCGGAAGGCAUGCUUCGCACAAGGUGUUUGGGGUCCCUAUCAGGAUGCCAUUAUUCCCGGCUACUUCCUAAACGAGGGUGGUCAGAGCAUCGCAGGACAUCUCCUAGAUCACGUCCUCAAGUCGCAUGAAUCCUACGCCGAACUGAAAUCCCAAUUGGGAGAGGAUAAGUUUAUCUACCAGCAUCUUAAUAAGUUGCUGCCGGAACUGGCAGCAGCUCGAGGAUUAAGCCAGGUGGGCUGUCUCACCCAGGAUGUCCAUGUCUGGCCGGACUUGCAUGGCAAUCGGUCGCCCAUCGCAGAUCCCACGCUGCGAGGAGUGAUUACUGGACUGGACAUGACGCGAGGAACUGAAUCUCUGGCCAUCAAAUACUUGGCGUUCGUCCAAGCUCUGGCUUACGGCACACGUCACAUUAUUGAAAACCUUUACCAGUACGGUAGAGCUCCCUUUCAAACGCUACUUUUCUGCGGGGGAUUGGCCAAGAAUCCUCUGUACGUACAAUGUCAUGCGGACAUUUGCAAUCUGCCCGCACUGAUUCCGGAUGAACAGGAAAUGGUUCUGGUGGGCGCUGCUGCCUUGGGAGCCGCUGCCUCCGGCCACUUCGACAGCUUGGAGAGCGCCUCGAAAUCCAUGGGUGGCACUGGCCAGCUGGUGAAGCCGAACGCGGAAACGCUUGAGUUCCACAAUCGCAAGUACAAGGUGUUCCUGCAGCUGCUGGAGAACCAACGACAGUACAGGCGCAUUAUGCAGGCAGACACAAAGUGAUUUUUUUUCAUUCCGAUGUCAAGACUUUCAAUAAUUUUAAAUAAAUGCCGUACAUGAGCAUUGUAACAAAUAAAAAGUUUGGCGCACACAGGUACAAGGUGAUCUUGUUGGCAUCUUCGUUGGUUCCUAGGCGAUGAAGGCGGCUGCCUUGGAGACGAUGCUACCACGACACACGGGGCAGGUGACGGAGAUUUUCUGGGCACAGUCCUCGCAGAGACACACAUGACCACAUGGCAGUAGGAUAAUCUAGAAGAAAAAAAGGGACGUGUUUAAUAAUGGCAGUAAUCAUAUAAACAUUACAUCACUUAUAUUUAGGGUUUAUGGUCAUGGUAUUGUAAAAACUUUACUGCAAUGGGUCUUAUUAUCU